AUGCGCGCGCCCGGGCGCCCGCUGCUCCUGGGGCUGCUGCUGGUGCUGAGCGCGGCCGGCCCGCGCGGGGCGCGCGCGCAGCCCCGGGGCCCGGCCGACCGACGCUCCCUGCUGCGGCUGCUGGCGGAGCUGGUCCGGGAGCUGCAGACGCUCCACCUGGGCGAGGCCAAGCAGCUGCCAGGGCUCGGGCAGCCGGGCUUCGCCUUGGGCCGCAGGGAGGCAGCGGACUACGGGCCAGACCCUGAGGAGCAGAGAGUGGAGAUUGUUCCUAGAGAUCUGAGGAUGAAGGACAAGUUUCUGAAACACCUCACAGGGCCUCUUUAUUUCAGUCCGAAGUGCAGCAAACACUUCCACAGACUUUACCACAACACUCGAGACUGCACCAUCCCUGCAUACUAUAAAAGAUGUGCCAGGCUUCUUACCCGGUUGGCUGUCAGUCCCAUGUGCAUGGAGGGAUAAGCUGCAAAGGAGCAACAUGCCAGGAACCCUGCGAAGUGCCUUGGAAAACAACAGGGAACAGAACCAUCUUCUUUACCAUUCCCUGUGGACAGAGAUUUAUUUUUGCAGACAGACUUCCAUAAUUCCGUUGUUUUGUAUGUUGACACUGUGCAAAUAUAUAUUCAGUAAAUCAGUAUACUUGACAAUGAUCCUUGUCAAACUAUUAAAAAAACAAGAAAACACUACAUUUGAUGUGUUGUGUAGAAGAAAAUACUUCAUUUUCCUGGUUAGGCAAAUCAGAGUAUUUCUUUAGAGACAUAGGCAGAAAUCUUAAAACUAUAUUUUCAUAUAGCAUACAAUAUGAUUUGAUAGUUUAUUACUUUUACAAUUAAACUCCCAGAGUAUUAGUUGGAACUGCAUAAAAAUAUAAAAGAACUUAAGCCAAAAAACUUCAACCAUGUUUUGGAGGGAAUAGAGUAUAAAUCUGAAUACAUCCAAGCUAAUCCCAUUUAUCUUAUGUAAGAAUAAUGUAAAAUAGCAUCCCAGCUACUGUGCAAUAUGUAAAUAAUGUAAAUAAAAACAAGUAAUAAAUGAAA